UGCUCUUUGUGGCGCUUGCUGUACUUUUGUGGGAGGCCGGUCCGCUCACUCGUGGGUCGUUCUGAGCGUCGGCCGAUCUUUUCCUUCUGUCCCUGGCCCUGUCUGCUAGCCGAGCUCCCUUCUUGCUGGCUCUGGCCGGCGGACCUGAGGCCUAGCCUCGGCUCCCGAGCUCGGGUUCUCCCGAGGUCGUGUGUGACAGCGUGCGAUGAUUCCAGGGGUGAGCCCCGUGUGGGGUGCGGGUGUAUCAGCCGACGGCUGUUAUGGGGUCGAGCCCAGUGUGGGGUGCAAGGUGUUUGCAGAGCCCGCCUGAGCCCGACCGCAGCCGGGGCGUGGGGAGGGGGCUCCGUGCGUGCGGUCGUGCAGCCGUGAGCGCGUGGCGACGCGCCAGGCUCCCCUGCAGGCGGCUGUCCCUGAGCCCCGGGAGCAGGGCUCGCUCCUCUGGGCCUGACCUGGGGACCAGAAGGCUACCGAGCUGCCGCUCCUCGUGGGGGACGCUGGCGAGGGGGCCAUGGAGACGUCUGCCCGGAAGCCGGCGGAGACAGCUCUUCUCUCUCAGAAUCCAGCUCUUUCUCUCAAAGAGAAUCCAGGGGAUAUAUCAAGGAGGAGUCAUCUGGAAGCCAGGUCCGAGGAACUGGUGACUUUCAAGGAUGUGGCUGUGGAUUUCACCCAAGAGGAAUGGGGUCAGCUGGACUCCCCUCAGAGGGCCCUAUACCGGGAUGUGAUGUUGGAAAACUACCAGAACCUUCUUGCCCUUGGGCCUCCAGUCUGCAAGCCAGACGUGAUUUCCCAUCUGGAACGAGGUGAGGAGCCGUGGCAGGUGCAGACGGAAGUCCCUGGAGGGCCUUGUCCAGAGUGGGAACCUAGGCCCAAGACGAAGGAGGCGUCCUCUCGCCAGCAGGACGUUUGCAAAGAAGAGCCGUCCCUGGAGCUGACUCUGCCCAGCCUUCUCAGUGCCAGCUGGAACGAGGCAUGGGCUAGGGACAACCUGGUGAAUGCUCUGCAGCAGAGCCCAGCCGUGCGCUGGCUUGGAGCGUCUGCCACCCCCGGGGACAUCCCUAUGGAGCCAGGUCCCAGGGAGUCCGAGGAGAAAUGCCCCCUCGGGUGUGCCGUCUUUACGCUGCACAGCCUUCCUCCAGGAGGACACUCUCAAGGCAGACAGGGCAAGGACAUCCGGUCCACUGAGGAUGGAAUCAGAGCUGCCCGGAGGACAUGUGCUGGGGAAAGCGCUUUCAAAUCUGGCGAGCCCAGGAAGUUCCUGGGCGCGCACCAGCUUGGUGCGAGCACGGCUUUCGGGGAGCGCGGGGAGGCCCCCGGGCAGGGCACGGUGCGGGCAAUGCCACAGCGCUGGCCGGGCAGGGAGGGGGCACGUGCGUGCAGUGAGCGCGGCAGGGCGUCCCCGUGGGGCGCGGGCCUGCUGGGGCACCGGCACAGCCGCCCUGGCCAGAGGCCCUUUUUCUGCGGCCAGUGCAGCAAGGCCUUCAGCUGCCACUCAUCCCUCAACGUGCACCAGCGCACCCACACGGGUGAGCGUCCCUACAAAUGCGGCGCCUGUGACAAGGCCUUCAGCUGCAGCUCGCUGCUCAACAUGCACCUGCGCGUGCACACGGGCGAGAAGCCCUACAAGUGCGGUGAGUGCGGCAAGGCCUUCAACCAGCGCACGCACCUCACACGCCACCACCGCAUCCACACCGGCGAGAAGCCCUACAAGUGCGGCGCUUGCGGCAAGGCCUUCACCUGCCACUCGUCCCUCACCGUGCAUGAGAAGAUCCACAACGGGGACAAGCCGUUCAAGUGCAGCGAGUGCGAGAAAGCCUUCAACAGCCGCUCGCGCCUGACGCUGCACCAGCGGACGCACACGGGCGAGAAGCCCUUCGCCUGCGGUGACUGUGGCAAGGCCUUCAGCUGCCACGCCUACCUCGUGGUGCACCGCCGCAUCCAUAGCGGCGAGAAGCCCUUCAAGUGCAACGAGUGCGGCAAGGCCUUCAGCUCGCAUUCCUACCUCAUCGUGCACCAGCGCGUGCACACUGGAGAGAAGCCCUUCGACUGCAGCAAGUGCUGGAAGGCCUUCAGCUGCCACUCGUCCCUCAUCGUGCACCAGCGCGUGCACACCGGCGAGAAGCCCUACAAGUGUGGCCAGUGCGGCAAGGCCUUCAGCCAGAACCACUGCCUCAUCAAACACCAGAAGGUUCACUCUGGGGACAAGGCCCUCAAGUGCGACGAGUGUGGUGAGGUGUUCGGCUGGAGCGCGCACCUCCGGGAGCACCGGAGGCUGCACAGUCCUGAGAGGCCCUUCGCCCUCCAGUUCAACGAGCACUUGCUGAGCACCUACUACAUGCCCAUGCAGGGCAGUCUGCUGGGCGCCAGGGACGGGGUGGCCGGGGACGGGGACCCGGUGAAGGCGCUAGAUGUGGCCAAGCUCUUGUGUGUGGUCCAGCCCCCAGCCAGCAGGAAUUUCCCCCGGGAGCAAACCUCAGCAACUGACAUGAUGUAGCCACUUCCUGAGUCACCCAACAAGGAAAGCACUCUAGCUCCUUCCUGGCUACGGACCACCUGUUCCUCCAGAAGCCUGAGCGUUGCCUUGUCCCCAGUCGGGAACUUGCCAGGACACUUCCCUACAAGGAUACACUUUAGGAGGCGGGUGGUAAGGACCAUUUCAGGAAGUCCUGUCAUCUGUUUCCUUACUGGGUCUGGAAAUCAUUGACAAGGAAAUAAAUCUUCCCUACAGAUUAAAAGAAAAAAAAGUCUAUCAGCUAUCCUGUCCUUGGACAGGCGUAGUUCGAGCUGAAAUUUCCUCUGUAAACUGUUACACUCAGAGUAAUAAUAAAAUAGAAAAAUCAUGAACAGUUUUACUU